AUGAGUAGCAGAAUGGCGUCCUGCAUCUUUUGCAAAAUCAUCAAGGGAGAAAUCCCGUCGUUCAAGCUGUACGAGAACGAAAAGGUCUUUGCCUUUCUCGACAUUAACCCGCUGAGCCGGGGCCAUUCGCUCGUGAUACCCAAGUUCCACGGCGAGAAGCUGCACGACAUUCCCGACGACUCGCUCAAUGAGAUUCUGCCCGUUGCCAAAAAGAUCGCUCAGGCCGUCGGUGCCAAGGACUACAACAUUCUGCAGAACAACGGCGCCAUCGCCCAUCAGGUUGUUCCUCAUGUACACUUCCACAUGAUCCCCAAGCCGAACGAGACCGAGGGCUUGGGCAUCAAAUGGCCGCAGCAGGAGACCGACAUGGACAAGCUCAAGACGCUGUUUGAAGAGAUCAAGUCCAAGAUGUGA